CAUGUCAUCAACCUGCCUCACUGAGCCCAACCGGCUACAAGUUAGUUGCUGCGGCCCUCCCACUACUUUAUAAUCCCAGCCACUUAAGUGGAGUAGUAGGGGGCCCAACCCAGUCCAGUUAAAAUGGACCUGAGCUGGGUGAAAACAUGGCCCAACCUUGCAGGGGUCAUAGGUCAUACAGCAAACACCCUGCAGACCCCAUUUUCCAAGUCAUCUUGGAUCAAAGGAGAAUGCAGGCAUAUAAUGAUGUACCACAGACACUCACACCACCUGUGCACCUGUGAGUACAGACCUUCAAAGGAUCAUGUCCAAGAGUUAGAACCUUAUGAACAGACAAGAUGUAGACCAGGAAGCCACGAUGCGUAUGUCGUCGACACUCACCCCACUGAACAAGGCUGUAGAUGCUGCCACGCCACAUGUGGAAUGCGCUUAGACCACAGUGGAGAGGUCCUUACCUGUCUGCCGGUAAGCUUGGGAAAUGCACUCACAAAGCCAACUAGCUUGGUGCUCCCUCUCCAUACCACACAAAAAGCUGUUCAGUGCACCGAAAGGGGGCUGUGCAUUCAGGAACUGGGCACAAGAGGUGCAGUUUUGCCUCCCUGCCUCCCGCUCUCACUGGAUAGUCUACAUGACCCGUGUGGGCAGUCCAGCCCUCAUCAGCCUAUCCCUCUCCAAGGAUCCAAGCCCGGAGAGGUUGGCCUAACGUGGGCAGGGUGCCUAUCACCUAUCGAGCCCGCCUCCUGGGAUGGCGCACCAGGACUAUGAAGGGAUAACUGACAACCAUUCUUGUCUCACUCUCUCCAGCAGCAGGGAAUUGAGACAAAGAGGGGGAAAGGCGUAAAGCAGCCUUCUUGGCCAUGGCGCAUGUGCAAACACAGUAUGAAGUAACAUCUGUUAUGCCAUACUUGUUACUUAAAUACAUAUAUACAACAAUUACAUUUUAAACAACAACUAACUGAAACUCUGAAGUGAGAAAACAGAACAAGAAGAAGAACGGCAGCAUGAUGGAAACGGCAAGUGAAAAAAGCUGGCCAGUAAGAAAAAGAGGAAACUCUGAGGGGUAUCUACCUCUUGUUUCAUACUUCUCAAAAAUGAAUGCUUAUCAUGAUUGUAAGGGAAACCACAGUUGCCACGAAGCUUUUUUUUUCUUUACCCGGAAACCUCUCACGUCACUAUCCUGAGACAAGAGCUCCUGUGUUUGAAGCGACGCUUUAGAGCACAGUCUGAAUGAGUCUACAGGCGUGGAAACAACUGAUCAAUCAUUUUGAAUUUUAGUUAUAAGAAACAGUCACGAAAGGGGAAGGUUCCUCCACUGAACGACACAGGACAGGUGACGGUUUCUCAUUUCCUGAGAGGAAAAACUUUAUGUCUGACGCUCUUUCACAAGAUGGAAAUGGACUGAAACCAGCGCUUUGAAGCAGAUCCUGUGCAGCUUCACCAACAGGAUGAGAAGAAGGAGGAAACAGUGAGUUACACCUUGAAGCAAGUAUCACACCACAUCUCCCAGUCUGACAGCUUUGAGAACCCUAAUGACCCACUAAAUGGAGAGAAAUAAGAAAACCCUUCUGCCUCAAACUCUGCUGCUCACUCUGCAUCUGGUCUGUGCCGUCAGAACGGAGGGCUGUCCCCGCCAACAUGACAAUCUCACCUGCUACAAUGACUACAAUUGUACCAUCACUUGUGUGUGGAACAGCACAGAUGUGUCUGACCUCGCAGGCACCAUGUGCACAAUACACGCUGAAAGGGUGUUUAAAGGAAUGGGAAAUAGAUACAGCAGUUCCUGUGACCUGGAGCCCAUUGACGUCUCCACACCAGCACUGAAGAAAUGCUCCCUGGUCUUCGAUAGAAAGAAGCGAUUUCAGUCCAACCAUGUGUUGUCCUUUAAUCUGAGGUGUAACCCUGUGGGGCCAGGUUUGAACAUGUCCUACAAGCCAUCUUGUCACAUAAAGCUGAAUCCUCCAGGAAAACCAGAAAUAAACUUUACCACCAUUUCCUGGUCACCCAAUGCUAUAAAGGGACAUCUCCAAUCUUUCGCUUCCCAACUGCAGUGGAAACGAGAGGAUCAGCCAUGGAGUGAGGCUAUCACGCUGAAAAAGCAAAAUGAUUGGGACUUUGAGGCUGAGCUAGACGAAGACGAGCUGAUCGAAGGGGAGACGUAUGAGGCACGCGUUAGAGUGCAUCCCGCUGUAGAAGGCCUUGAGUCAACCUGGAGUGACUGGAGCCCCACUGCAUCAUGGGUUUCACCCAUAGGAAAACCCAAACCACAACCACCAGAUGUUUUCUGGAAUGGCUUGGGUGUGACUGUCAUAGGUGCAGCAGCAUUCACCAUGUUUCUGGCCAUCGUACUUUUUAAGACUGACAGAACCACCUGGAUUUACAUGGUAAAGAGGAUCAGAGGUCCACCUGUACCGAACCCAGCAAAAUCCUUCCUGCAGGAUGUAAAUUUCCAGAGCUGGCUGAGCCCUCACUUCACCAACGAAUUUCAAUCCUUCUUGAAACCAGUUGAAUUCGUCUCAGUUGAGUUAACCUGCAAUGUGGAUGGUGUUGCACCCUACGGACCAGAGAUGGCACUGCAAGAGAAGAUGAAAAGCGAAAGCAGCCACGAUUCAACCAAUUCCAGCUUCUCCAACCCCAGUUACUCCCACCUGGAUCCUCCUCCUCCCGUCACCUCGCUCACUGCAGGGAAUCUGGAGCCCUGCCCUGCUGAUACACCUUAUGGGCCUGUUGGUAGUCAAGGUGAAGCUAAAACCACAGAACAGGAUAGGAAUGUAGAAGGAAGAGGGAAAGAAAUGGAGAUCCUGCAGUUGCUUUCCAAAGGCAGCAGCAACAGGGAGAUGAUGCAAGUCAUUUUAGACUAUAAUAAGGUUGAGAAGCUCCAGGUUGAACGCGGCAGGCUCCAGAGUCUAGAUUCAGGUGUGUGCAGCGGAGAAGAGGUCAGUCAAGAGAGCCUGGAGGCAGAUAGCAUCAAUGUGACUGAUAGUCAUGAUGAGGAGCCACAAGGCAAGGAGGAGAGGGAAGGUGAGAAUGGAAAAGAUGUAGAUUUUCGGAAGUUAUUUGGUAACAUCAGCGGUGGAGGUAUUUUUAGCAAAGGGUCCAUCCAGAUUUGUUCCGAUUACGAACGUGUUCAGAAGCUGCAGACUGACAGCAAUGAGCUCUUUAGCCUGGAUUCAGGCGUUAGCAGCGGGGGUGAGGAGCAAGUGAGUCAAGAGGAGAGCUUGGAGGACAUUGACAAGUCCACUGAAUCUACAAGCUUCCUGUUUCCUCCUUCACUCUCUAGUGCUUUACCCUGCUCCCUGCCCUUUCUUGCACCACUGCCUUUUAGCUUCUCUGGGCCAGGUUUGAGUCCAGCUCAGCAACCAUGUCACAUGCUGGGGAGGAUUGCUCAAAUGUCCAGGUCAAUGGAGCCCUCUGGAGAUGGAUAUAUGCCAGUGACACAGGAACAGAACUAAAAACAGACAGAAAUCUAAUUAAAGCUGCAAGCAGCUUUGAACGGGCCCUUUUUAGAAACAUACAGACUUUUAACCCACAUGACCUAGUCAAAUAUUGAUUGUCACGAGACUUUCACCUACAAAUCUUGAAUUUACAUGGUUUUUCUAUCUUUUACUGUUUUUGAGAUAUCAGAGUGUGAGUUUUCAAGUAUU